AUGGGUCGAAGAAAAAAGUGGAACCCCAUUGUGAAUAUCAGGAAGAACAGCCAAUUGUCCUCUCAGAGUAGUAAAACGAACCGCGCACUUGUAUCUACUCCACAGCCCAGUGCCUCCUCUAAACCAUACACGAAGCAAGCCCAUUAUCCUUCAUUUGAGAUACCCCACUGA